UUUGACACAGUCUAAAAGUUGAAUGCAUCCCGCCGCCACAAUAAGAAACAGGGUAAUAUAAUAGUGAUUUGGGUGUGCGGUGGAUCAAAAAAAAAAAAAGCUAUUGUUGUGUGUUUUGCGGUGUAGGCAUUGUUGAAUAACGAGACACAAAGAAAAACAUUCUGCAAACCAUCAAACAGAUGAGAGAGUUUUUUUUGUGUGUGUUUUGUUUGUGAUGUGUGUAGUAUUGUGCGGAGCAAUUUGACACCAAAGUUUGGUCGAUGGAUAUCCGAGACGCCGUCUGCCGUUUUUUUUUUUGGGAUUGCCCUCCUCGAUGAUUAUUAGCAUUUCUAUAGAAUAGGGUCAUACAUAAUGAAAAAAGGUAGACAUUUUUUUGAGGGGGGGGCUUCUAUAAAAAUGGAAACACAAAUUGUAUACAAUAUGACGGCUAUAUUUUUCCUACACCGACUGUGCUGGGGUAGGUGGAGUGGGGGUUCUAGUUUUUCUAGGAAUGCAUCGCUCUUAUUUCCAAUUGAACAGAAGGCCAUGGAUGCCACUUUGGCUGAAUAUCACAAAACCAACCGACUGCAAUUAGAUGUUUUUAGAUAGAAAAACAAAGCAGCGAUUUUUGUUAUCAACUUCAGGGGAGGUCUUAUCAUAUAACAAUUCAACAACAAUUCAAAACGAUAUAAUAGUAUAGGGUUAAAUGAUUGUUGCAUCUCUUGAUAAUCCUCUUUUUAUCGGCAUGAAUUGCUAUAAACAACCGUCAAUCAAUUUAAAGUUGAUUAAAUCAAUUCUUGUUGCUGUUGUGUGUAUAUAUAUUAGGGUCCAUUGGAUGUAUAUAACGAAGUUGAUUGUAAGCCACCAUCAAACUGUACAUGACCCGUUUCAUUUUCUCAAGUGUUUCCGAAUGUUUCCAGUUUCACGCGGUCGGAACGCGUGCAUCCACUUGGAUCCGUAAUCACUUUCCCUUCUUCUCUUUCUUUUAUUAAAUGCCGAGAAUACAGGAAAACAGAAGACGAAUGCUUUUCGGUAGGCAGCACGUGAAACUCGAGAUAGCAUUUCUUUCUAUCGUUCAGGGAGUGGCUCCCACUUCCAUAAAUCACUUAGUUCCAUUGAAACAUCAAAUUAAAAGCAGCAGCUGCACAGCAAUUGAGACAUUCGAAAGAAGAUUAGAAUUCAACUUAAUAGAACAACAGCAGUCGAUAAAGACAUUGAUUCAAUUACCAUUAGCAUCAUUUAAAAAAAAAUACAUUUAAGGAUGGAUAAUGACCGCCUGCUAUCAACACCUGUUCCAGUUCAACACAGGAAAUGUAUACACAACCUGUUUGAACAUUUGUUUGCCGCACGAUGCAAAUGGACCGUGAAUCUCCUGCACGCGCGCGCCAUCUGUUGAUUUACUCGCAUCCAACUGGCGGUUGACAGGUGGAUUUCCACGGUUUUGAUUUACUUUCGUCGGUCCACCGCAUUCUUCCCUUUGUUCGUUUUUAACUACCAGGUUCGCCUAGAACUUGCGCCCCAUUACGUUGAAGUAGCACCUGGGAACAAUAAACACCUUUUUCUACGUGGAAUAUAUAAUAUAGAAAACAGUUGAGGCGCUAAACAAACUUUGCGGCCGAGAGGUGCGUGCUGUAGUCUAAUUUGUUAUUCACGCUAAACGUUGGGCAUGUUGCGCACUCGCGUUUGCGCAUGUAGACGCGCUUUGCAAAUUGCCUGUGUAGCAUAGAACUGGACGAGAGCGGAUGUUCAGUGUCACGUCUGACACACCAUGGAGAGUAUCGUCCGCGUCGUUCAAAACUUCCGCUUCAUUUGCAUAUAUUCAAAUACGUUUUAGUUUUGAGAAUAAAAAAAGGGGUGAUCAAAUGGAAGGCGGCAGCAAUUGCACGAAUCAUUCGGGACUUGAUGUUUAUUGGUCGGUGACACCAGUGACAGUGAGCCGAGUGGAGACAAUUAUUCAUUUGAUAUGUCUGUCGCAAGGGAUUCCCAUCAACGUGUUGAUUGGCGUCGUGAUAGCGCGCAAUCGUCGGCUGCACAAUCCGCGAAACACGUUUUGGCUUGGGAUAAUCGCCCUCAAUUUAAUGACCAUGUUCAUGGCCGUCCUCAAAUUGCUGGUCGUUCACGUCGCUCAACCGGGCGAUUUCACGUGUCUUUUCUUUUCCUCCACCACGGGCAAACCGUACACCAUUCUACUGUUCGUCAUGCUGUUGGCCACUCUCGAUCGCUACGUUGCUAUUACGCAUCCGCUGUACCAUCGCAAACACGUCACUGUCCGUCUAGUCAUUAUCGUCCAGCUGGGCAUCUCAGUGGCCGUCUUCUUCUUGCUAUCGAUGCCGUUCAUUUUCGGAUGGAUUCCUUUACGUUGCGGCUUCAAUCUGACGCUGAGCAAGUGGACGAUGCUCUUACGAUCGAUCCUCGUUUCCCUUUGCAUCACAGCUCAAGUCAAAGUUUACCUGGUGACGCGUCAAUAUUUGAGACAGGCGGAGGUGCAGCCACCGUCCAUUCCGAUGCAACAGUUGGCUAUCGUGACCAACGACAGGGACGAAUUACAGCGGCCACCUUCCACCGCACCGGCGGAAUCCACGAGUUCUCUGUCCGCUGUGAAUAUGAACAAGAACGCGCCGUUUUUCGUCCACCGACGUAACAAGACAGUCAGCAAAUUAGAACUGGAGGCCAGUCUGACGUUGGUGGUUGGCGUCUUAUCGUUGUGCAUCAUCACAGCUCCCAUGUUCGUCGUCUACUUUUCGCUGUCCAUCUGUCAACAGCUGGGCGGUGACUGCAGUGGAUUGACUUCUUUGGUUGUGUACGUCAGGCAAGCGGCUCUGAUUCACGCAGUUUACGGCCCACUCAUCUACAUGAUCCGCAGCCGGGAAUUUGCUUCGGCUGUCCGCAAAAUGCUUCGACCCAAUUCAGUUCGUCUUGACGAUAUCAAUUACUUUUAACGGGUCAUUUUGCUUCCUGUUUGCACGCAUCUUUGUAAAUACAUCACGUACAGUACGUCGUGUUUCAAUGUUGGCAAAC